AAUAACAACCUCCUUCCUGCACGCGCUUCCGGUUGAAUGUUGUUGUUCGUUGCUUCGGUCAACUUUAUGGCAACCGUUCGCCAGCGAGUUUAUCAGUUAUUACUGUUUAAUUCAUUGAUAUGAAUCGUCCAGAGUUUGACUUAAACACAUAUACAGACGUACUUUAACUGUAAUUAAUGGAACUCUUUAACUUAGAGAGUCGCGAGGCGGCAAUCCCUGCUCUCCCUCUCUCUGCCCUGCGUCUGGUUGUGCCACCUCUCCGGCUGAUGUCAGCGUUUUUAUGGCAGGUGAUUCAGCGUCGUAAUGUAACACAAUAUGGGAAGCUGGAGCAGUUUGUAAUGCUGGUUACAGAGACUAUUCCAGACAUCAUGAGUCGAAGUCUGGUUAAUAAACUGAUCUUUCACCUGCGGAAAAAGGUGAUCUUGGAGCUCUGUCUGAAAAAUAAACCACCUGACCUGUGGGUCAUUCAGGCACAUCUGGAUUCACUUCGAAAUCUCACACAUAAAUGUAAAGAUGUGGAAAGUGAGAUCGUCAAUAACAAAUUUAUUAGAAUGGUGCACGGCAUCCUAGAGGACACAGAAAAGAAAGAGAAUUUCAUCCAGAAUAUCUUUCCUGUAGAAUAUGGUUCAGGAUAUGAUGCAGUAUUACAAAGCCUUGCAUGGGAUUUCCUGUCUCGAGUGGAAGAUCUGCUACCUGUUCCCAACCUUAAAGAGACAGCUUCAAGACUUUGUGGUGGUCUCUCUAUGAUGGAGGAGAUUGUGCAGCCGCUUUCAGAUCCAGUUGAGAUCAAGGACGUGCUUGAACACUUCAAAAUCAGACAGCUCCUUGCCAGAAAUAUUGAGCCCUCUCAAAGAGUUUUCAGUGAAAUGUCCACUCCUACUACCCCUGAAGUGGUUUGUUUGCCUCAUCCAUUUGCACAAGAGACAAUCUCACCUGCCAUUUGCACUGAUCAUGAGGAAAGUCUGCCAUCCACUUCCAUUGCGCAAGAGACAAUUAUCGUUGAAUCAAGUGGCACCGAGAAUGAAUCAGAAACUGAACAAGCUGCCAUUACCAUAAUGAGCCCUGCCCACAGUUAUUCUGAAGAGGCUGAAGCUGUAGCGGACAGCGAGGAAUUUACAGCAGUAGCCAGCGAGGAGUUUACAGCAGUAGCCAGCACUGAGGAAGCAGAGGUAGUCCUGGAACAAGAAGAGACCAUUUGUGAAGAGAAAGAUUCAGAAAUCUGUGAAGUCCAGCAAAUCUACCUCACCGCAGAUGGUUCUGCAGUGGUUGUGUCAGAGUUUGAAAAUGAGGUAGAGACAACUCAGCUGCAGUUCCUAGAACAAUCAGAUAUGAUGGAAGCAUCUGGUGUGAGGCAAGUCACCUUAGAGCAGUGGAUCUCAGAAUUAGCUGGAAAGGGCAUCUCUCUACCAGUCUUGCCUCCGAAUCCUGUUGAGAUUGUGAGGGAGGAAAUGAUCUAUGUUCCUGUCAUAGAAAGACCACCGUCUGUAAAGUCCAUCAUCCACAGAAAGAGCAGCCCACAACAAGUCGCUGUUUCCAAAAAGACAGCAGCCGGAGCUUCUGAAUCCAAAAUGACACAAGAGGAGAAACGACACACAUGUCCCGAAUGUCACAAAGAGUUCCGUUUCAAGUGCCUGCUGCGCAAUCACAUGCGCACUCACUCGGGCGAGCGUCCGUUCCCAUGUUCAGACUGCGGCAAAAGCUUCCGGUGUCUCAGCUUCUUGACCAAUCACAUCAAAACACACUCACUCGCCAGACCGUUCAAGUGCACGCAGUGCGUCAAGACCUUCCGCAAAAAAGCCGACCUCAUCAAGCAUAUUCGCGUGCACACGGGUGAAAAAACUUACAACUGCACCAUCUGUGGCAAGAGCUUCUCCCAGGGCUCAUAUUUAAAGAUUCAUCGCGAAUGCCACACCUCGGAGAACCUCCACCAGUGCCCUCACUGCGACAAGAGGUUUCCGACGGCAUUCAAGUUGUCCAUCCACGUCCGACAUCAUUCCAUGGAGCGCUCAUACCAGUGUAACCUUUGCGGGAAAAGUUUCAUCUACGCCAGCCUUCUCAGAAGACACAAAGGUUAUCACGCAGGUGAGCGCCAGUACCUGUGUUCCCUCUGCGGCAAGUCUUUCGUCUACAUGUUUGACUUAAAGAAGCACCAACGCAACCAUGAAAGACCCCGGAUCAAGAUCACAUGCAGUCUUUGUGACAAGACCUUUGCAGGACCAGAGAUGCUAAGGUGCCAUUUGCGCAUACAUACUGGAGAGCGCCCGUUCCGUUGCAAGAUAUGUGGAAAAGCCUUUUCUCAGAUCGGUAACAUGAAGAGACAUGAGCGCGUGCACACAGGCGAGCGCCCCUUCACCUGCGAGAGAUGCGGAAAGACCUACAAGCAUUCUUCUCACCUGAAGAACCACAUGCUGAGCCACACAGGUGAACGGCCGUGGCAGUGCUCUCAUUGUGGGAGGAGUUUCAAGUUUGCUGGGCCUCUGAAGAAGCACGAGAGAAUUCAUCUGGGUGAGCAUGCAGACCGCAGAAGGAGCUUUGACCAAACCCGUGACCACAAGAAACUCAAACCCAAAAGCCCUUGACUGAAUGUAGGAAUCUGCAGUUGAAACAUGACUGUUUAGUUUAGUUAAGUUAAUUCAAGUCAUGUAUCAGAAUUAGCUGGUCCUUACUUUCAAAGUUCUACAUGUAAUGUUCUUUCAAACCAGUCAAGUUUAUGCUUACUAGUUACGACUAUCACGUAAAAAUACUUUAUAUAUUUGUACUUAAGCAAAGUUGGUGGCAUUUCUGGAUUUGGUAACAUCUGAAUUCCUUAUUUCAGUAAAGCUGUUGAAAUAUGUUUAUAGGCAUCAUGUUAUUUCAAUCAUGCUGGAUGAGUUCAACAUACAAAUAAAUAAUUGUUUAUUGCACAGUAAAAUGGCUGAAAGCAAUAUGGGAUUUAAAUUACUCAAAACAACAUGUAUCUUGUACAGAAGAAUUAAAAGGUUGUACCGUGUUUUGUUGUUGUUUCUCACAGUUUUGAAGGAAGAUACAAAAUUGGCCAUCCAGAGAAUUAAGAAAUGUGUUGGAUCCAUUUCAGUCCUGGUUAUCUUAUCUCUUAAACAAAGGUGGCCAAUUGCUAUAAACAACUUGUUUUAAGCCACAGUUUUCUGAAGGAGUGUUAACCAAUGUAUCAUCUACUAUUCUGCCAUAACUGAGCAAUGCAAGGUAUUUUUAUACACUGAGAAAACGGACAGAAAGUGAGCUUAAACCAUACUUUACAAUUCAACAUUUAGAUAAUACAAAUUGUGCUCUUUUUGCUAGUGGGAUCUGGCAUCCUGUGUACUGUUAACCUACUUUUGUAAAAUGUAAAUAUUUUGUUGCUAAAUCUAGCAUAUUAAAUAUACACUAACUGCUAAUGCAUUUGUUAAACAAGGAAAUGUUAUCAGUGUUGUAUUCAUUUCUAGGUGAUGAUGUUUCCUCUCAAAAUUGCUUCUCAUUACAAUACAAAUAUACAAUAGUAAUCCAGUUGUGGAAGUUGUUUGGAGAGGACUCCAGGGGAAAUUAGUUUUCACCUGGAAGAUAAGAUUAGCUAGAUUCACCCAUUCCAUCCCAUUGUUAUAAAAUAUUUCAGUGUAUUUAAAAAAAAGACAAGGGUUUUUCCUUUCAUAAUGAAAACAAUGUGCAACAAAAUCAAACCAAGGUUAAAUUAUAUGACCUGUUCUUAUCAUUGCUGUUACUUAUUUUUAAGUCCACGCCAUUAGAAAAUUAUUUUUAGCCACAUGUCGUAUUCCAUAAUAGAUGGUAAAGAAAAAACUGUAGUUACAAAAAUACAAAAGAAAAGGCACUAACUGGCCUCUGAAGAAAGGACUAUUCCACAUCACACCAUCCUAUGUAAAUAUUACACUGCUCAGUUCUACCCUGUGAAAAUGUAUGAUCAAUUGAGGCCACAAAACAACAGCACUGCUAUGUCUUUCAGAUGUACAGAAAUCAUGUGCCUCAAAAAGAUUCUAUAUUUCCAGUGUUUCUGCUCAAUAGUUGGUGGAAGUGUUGGAUUUUUUAGCGAAGAUCAAUUGCUUGGUUCUUGCAUUGCCUUCAGCUGAUCAGAGGGUUGUGUGUGUCCUUACUCCAUCAUCCACAGGCCACAUGACAGAAAAUACCUCAAUGCCAGGUCCUGUUUGUACUCAGGACAGAUAUCCAAGAGAAAGUUGGUCUCAUUCCCACUCCACAAAAGAUUCUGUGUUGG